AUGGCUCCCACACAGACCCCCACGCUCCUCUGGGGUGGCAGAUUUACCGAGGCCAUCGACGACUUGAUGUUCCAGUUCAACGAGUCCCUUUCCUUUGACAGGGUGCUCUACAAGGCCGAUAUCCACGGCUCCAUCACCUAUGCCAAGGCCCUCCACAAGCUCAACAUCCUCUCCGACGAGGAGCUCGGCGAAAUCGUCAACGGCCUCCAGCAGGUCGAGAAGGAGUGGGCCGAGGGCAAGUUCGUUAUCGAUGUCAAGUCAGACGAGGAUAUCCACACGGCCAAUGAGCGCCGCCUGGGCGAGAUCAUUGGCAAGGCUGCUGGCAAGCUGCACACUGGCCGCUCCCGAAACGAGCAGGUCGGUGUUGACAUGCGUCUCUGGGCCGGCGAACAGCUCGACCAGCUUGCUGCUAUCCUCAAGGAUGUCCUCGCGACCACGGCCGCGCAGGCCAAGGAGUACCUCCCCGUCCUGAUGCCAGGAUACACUCAUCUCCAGCGCGCCCAACCAGUGCGCUUCUCCCACUGGCUCCUGUCACACGCCACCUUCCUCAUUGGCGAUCUCAACCGCCUGAAGGGUGUGCAGGAGAGGACAUCUGCCUGCCCUCUGGGUGUCGGCGCCCUCGCCGGCAACCCCUUUGGCAUUGACCGUGAGUUUAUGGCCAAGGACCUCGGCUUCGCCUCGGUCCACCCAAACAGCUUGGCCUGUGUCGCCGACCGAGACUUCGUCGUGGACAUUCUCCAGUGGGCGAGUUUGUUGAUGGCCCAUCUCUCCCGCCUCAGCGAGGAUCUGAUCCUCUUCUCCACGGCCGAAUUUGGCUUUGUUCAAGUCGCCGAUGCCUACAGCACUGGCAGCAGUCUGAUGCCCCAGAAGAAGAACCCCGACAGCUUGGAGCUCAUCCGUGGUAAGGCCGGCAGAGUUAUGGGACAGGCUUCUGGUUUCCUUGCCUCCCUCAAGUCUCUUCCCACCUCUUACAACAAGGAUCUCCAGGAAUCUGUCGAGCCCAUGAUUGACUGCAUCAAGACCGUUUCUACAUGCCUGCGGAUCAUGCAGGGCGUGCUUGCCACCCUCAAGGUCUACCCUGAAAAGAUGAAGGCUGCCCUCACCGACGACAUGCUCGCCACCGAUGUGGCUGACUACCUCGUCCGCAAGGGUGUGCCUUUCAGACAGACUCACCACAUCGCCGGUGCCAUCGUCCGCAGGGGUGAGGAGGCUGGCGUGGCCAUCUCCAAGCUUCCCCUCGACGACUUCAAGCAGAUCUCGCCCUUGUUCGAGGCUGACGUUGCUGAUGUAUUCGACUUUGAGAAGAGUGUUGAGAGAAGGAACACGUACGGUGGCACGAGCAGCUCCUCGGUGCUGGCGCAGAUUGAGGCCAUUCAGAAGCUUGUGCAACAACAGUGA